AACGCAGCAAGCACAACAGACGUCGUGCCGCAAGUCUCUGCCGUCCGUGCGAGAAACCUGAUCAGUUAGCAUUGCCGAUCCUAAGACACACCACACACGAUGGAGAAGAUCAAAGCCCUUCUACGCAAGUGCAACUGCUUCGCAUCACGUCCUGCUGCGGAAUGGGAAGACACCGCAAUCCCUAUCGAUCCACGCUCCAAGAUUCGAUCACCUAGCCCUUCGCCUUCACGCGACUCAGUCAAGCACAACACAAACAAAACAAGCAUAGUGGUCGCUCACGGCGCAUUCCACACAUCAUGGCACUAUCAAACCUUCAGUGAAGCAGUACAGAAACACACCAAAAUCGACAGAAUUCUCGUUCCACAGCAAUCGAGCUCAGGCCCUUCACCUCCAGAUAACUGCUUCGAUGCAGACGUUAAGCUUCUCCACAACACAAUCGCCACCGAACUCCUCGAAGGCCGAGACGUCUUACUCGUCUGCCACAGCUACGGCGCAAUUCCAGGCUGCGAAGCUCUCGCAGACUUACCUCUCGCCAGACCCGGCACGACAGGAAAACUGCUCGGGAUAGUCUUCGUAUCCGCCUUCGUAACCGAAGCGGGUCAAAGCCUGGUAACAUCAAAAAUGGGCGGAAGAGCAUCAUGGGUGAAAAUCGAUGGCCCCCUCAGCCACGUCCUAAACCCAAUCCCAACCCUCUACAACACCUGUCCACCAACUCUAACCCCCUCCCUCGUCUCCCACAUCGUCCCUCAAGCCUCCUCAUCAUUCAUGACACCCACCAAACACGACCUUUGGAAAUCGUUUCCAUGCACAUAUAUCCGCUGCCUUAAAGACCAAGCCAUGGUUCCAACAGAACAAGAUUUCUACAUCGAUCGAUUGAAGCGUUUUCGACCAGAUACAAAAGUCAGAAAAAUCGAAGCUGAUCAUGUACCUUUUGCAAGCGUGCCGGAUGAAUUGGCGAGGAUGAUGGAGGAAGUUGUGGAGGAGUUGAGGGAUGGAAAGUAGGUGCUCGGGAUGAGGAUUUGUGUAAUUGGAGGAAUUGAUUUGUGGCGUUCUUGCGCGUGCUUUUGCUGUGCUGUACUGUACUGCGAUGGGAGGACAUGGAAAUGAGUAUGAAUAGCGAUGGGCAUGAUUUUGAGCAUUUGCGAGCGCGGAGAUUCUGCUGUUUUUUGUGUUAAGACGUUUUCCGGCAAAAUCGACAGGAGUCGUAUGCAUUGUAUCAAUAGUUUGCGAGUACGUAUCGGGC